CUCAGCUAUUUCUAUAGUCAUGGGUGACGAUCGGGACAAGCAUGACUCGAUCUGGCAGGUUGGAGUCUUUGACUCUCAUUGUCAUCCAACAGACAUCAUGGCCUCGGUCAAGGACAUCGUCCGCAUGAAAGCGAGAGUCCUGACGAUCAUGGCCACGAGAUCUCAAGAUCAGGAAAUGGUUGAAAGAACUGCAAGGCUGUAUCCUCUGGGCUCUCCGCAUGAGCUUUCCGAUGUACAAUCACGCACACGUGUCGUGCCGGCUUUUGGAUGGCAUCCUUGGUUUUCUCACCAGAUGUAUGAUGACCGGAGCACACACGAUCAGCCCGACCCUGGGGACCACUACAAAUCCGUCCUCGUACCUGCUCCCGAAGAUGAAAAGUUCUUGGAAGCUCUUCCAACCCCGUUUUCUCUCCGAGAGUUUCUACAGCUGACUGAAGCACGGCUGAAGGAGUUCCCGUAUGCUUUGGUUGGAGAGGUAGGCUUGGAUCGGUCUUUUCGGGUGCCUGAAGGUCCAAGCGCCAUGACCGGUGACACGACACAGAAAACGGGUGGUUCAGAGGAGGACUACACUCCUGGCUCGCGCGAGGGCAGACCUCUGACUCCGUAUCGGGUCAACCUGGAGCACCAGAAGACGAUCCUGAGGGCCCAGUUCGACCUUGCUGCGAAGAUGGGUCGCCCGGUGUCUGUACAUAGCGUUCAAGCGCAUGGCCUGAUCUUUGAACUGAUGCAGAGCUUGUGGAAAGGCCGCGAGAAGCCCUCGAAGCGCGAAAGGAGGAAACAAACGGAUGCUCCUGGCGCCGCAACAUCCAAGGACGCCGAAGAGAGUGGCGGCGCUGCUACACUCUCAAAACUCCCUUACCCCCCACGAAUCUGCAUGCACUCCUACUCUGGCCCUCCUGAUACUCUCAAGCAAUUUCUCAAUCCUGCUGUACCGGCGGACAUUUACUUUUCCUUUUCCUCCGGCAUCAACUUCUUAAAGUCCUCUUCCGCGAAGGUUGUCAAGGUCAUUGAGGAAGUACCCGAAGAUCGAAUACUUGUGGAGAGCGACCUACAUUGCGCUGGUGAGUUGAUGGAUAGUUUACUGGCGGACAUAGUGGGGAAGAUAUGUGAGAUCAAGGGAUGGUCUCUGGAGGAUGGUGCUCGGAUACUGAGAAGGAAUUAUAUCAAGUUUGUCUUCGGUUGAAACGGAAAUGGAAUGGGUCAAUGCUGAUCCUCAAUGGUUGGAAGCAGACUUGUCUUGAAUGUGAGUGAAGGGCGGACUGAUGCCAGAUGAAACUUGCCCGGCAUACUGUGCCUCCGUUUUCAAGUCACGGUACGAAGUGGUCUCGACGCCAUAGAACAACGUCGUGGUUGAUGUUCUCCCCAGGCUCAGCACUCCUGGGCUGAUGGACAUCCCUGCGUGGAUCAGUGCAACACCCGGAUCGAUGGAUCCAGAGGUAACGAGCAUCGUCUUUUAAUCCGUCUUAACGAGAGACCGCUGAGGUCGAUUUGGCGAUGGUUUGGAGUUCUGCAAAGAUUCGCUCAACCCAAAAUGCGGGCCGAUUGUUGGCAGAGAUAGAGGAGACUGGGACCAUCGCUGAAUUGUCAUUGCACAAGAAAUAGUAAAAACCAGCGUCGACAUCAGAUUGACAGCGAUUGGCAGUACCAAAUUGUCCUCUUGUAGGAAUCAAGCUAUAUAUCU